AACGGAAUGAGCGAGGUAGAGCAUUUUCAGUACUAGGACUUUUUCUUAACAUAACUGAAAUUUUCUUGACAGCACUUCAGGCUGUUUAGAUUUGUAGUGCAUUUGUGAUAAGAUUUAAGGUCCCUCACUAAAAGCUAAUGAAGGGUGCAAUAGAGCUUAUUUAAUGUCACAUAAGCUGGACUACAACAUUAAAGUGGAAAUGGAAAGCUGUGAAGAUGACAAUGAAGGCAAGACCCCUCAAGAGUCGAGAGAUGACGAUAGCUGCCAUGCUGACAGUGGACUGCUAAAUAUGUUGGCAGAAGUUGCUUCAGCAACUCUACAUAAUGAUUCACUGGCUAGAAAAACCCGUAACCCGAGGGGUAGACCUCGUAAGCAGAUGACUGAAGGGAGACCAGAACCUGAACAAGAAACUACUGAUGCCAACAAAUUGUCCUUGGCCCAACUUCAGUUGCUAACUGAGAAGCAAUUGGUGGAUCUAUUUUCUCUCAUGGAUUCUGAUGAGAUUCGUAGGACAUUUUCCUACUCCUGCCACCUGCUUCAAAGGUGCCAGUUUACUUCUAGUAGUUUUGGGAGUGAAAUGAAAGCUAGACAGGAAAUGCAAAAACAUCUAUCAGAGCACGUCCGGGAUUUGAUGAGGAAAGCUCGCGAGUCGGCUGGCUUCCGCUUUACUGCCACCCCGGUUGCGUCCAAGACCAAAAAAAUCCCAGCAGUGGUCAAGGAAACUACUAGGAUAUCUCCUGUCAGGAAACCUAAAGAGAAAACUAUGAAAAUUAAGCUUCAAGCGCCAUCAAAGAAAACGGCGCCGCCACCACCUCAGACUGCUGCGAUGACUAAAACAACAAGGGGGCCUUUGAAGAAGACGAGUCAGUCAUCACCUCAAGCCAAAUCCCCACGCCAAAGCAAAGCAAGCAAAGACGAUUCGUCACCUACAAAGAAAGAUAAUUCAGGAGGCAAGAGAAAACGCCGUUCAGCCGGCACGUUUGCGGAAGGCGAAGAAGAAAAUAUGAAUGCUUCUCUAAUGGCUGGUAUUGAAGUAGCCCCUGAAGAAGUAACCGUGAAAGAAAAAUGGUUAAAACUGUAUCACGACAAAUAUCGAGCCGUUGAUGAAGCUCGUUUCCGCGCUAUCCAAGCUGACUUGUCUCCCGACAGCGAUUUAGACCAGGAGUACGGAGAAGUAGCAGAAGAGGUGGUAGUGACUUCAGAGGAACCAAUUGCAGGCUCUUCAACAACUAACGCGACAUCAUUACCUGAUCAUGACUACAACAUCUACCGUAUCAACAAAAAAACUAAGGCGGUAGUGGUCAGUUCCACGGAGGACACGUCAGGUCUUCAAGACGAACAAAUGGAAGCAGUCGCCCAAUCGGUUGCAGCUGCUGCUCAAGAGAAAGAGAAACUAAAGAGGAAGCGCGGUGGACAAAUGCAACAGGCAAGUGGUAUUCCUCUGCAUAGUUUUAUGCUUGAGGAGACGACCAAACAAAGCAAAUUCGUGGUUAAGAACAAACCAACGGAGCCGCUACCUUGUGUGGGCAGUGAAGUGGUAGUUGGCUACAAUCCCAACGAAUUCUAUUUGAUGAAGUCAUCUGAACUACCCGUCAUAGAAGAUCUGAGGCACCAGAAAACCGUAGUGUCUGAUACACCGCCAGCCGGUACGCAGGCCCAAUUCACUUUCGUCUGCAUGAACGAAGAUGGAGAAUUGAUUGAAGAAACCGUAGAGGAACCUGGCAUUUUCUUGGAAGACGACGAAGAACAUCUUUUAGAGCAGGUCGCCGCACAAGCGUCAGGAGCACGUGGUCAAGGGCGUGAAGUGCCAGAAAAGGAUAUGGUGGACAUCGCGCGCAAGCGUGCGAAAGUCAAGCCCAAAUUCGUAUCGCAGUCUGCAGGCGAACGCGAACUUGCUUUGCAAUAUAUUGGUGAACUAAAGCAACAACGCGGCAGCGGAGCUGAUUCACUUCACUGCAAAAUCUGCUCACCCGUUCGCACAUUUACUGCUCCCACAACCCUAUUAUCGCAUUAUCGGAGCCAUGCAGGCAUCAAGCCAUACGAAUGUCGACGAUGUGGAGCCGUCUUUACCCGCCAGCAUAGCCUCAACUAUCAUAUGCUGAUUCAUGCUAACUUAUCGCGGUUCACGUGCCCAGAUUGUCAUCGCCAGUUCCGUCAUCCAUCUCAUUACAAGGAGCAUCGUCGGCGGCAUACAGGCGAAGCCCCCUAUGAAUGUUCCGACUGCAUGCAACGUUUCCGUACACGCAAUUCGUACAAACGCCAUUUGAUGACUCGCCAUGGUAAGUUGCUCACUUCUACCGGAGGACUUAUCAUCCUACCCGAGGAAGAAUUCAACAAGGUACGCUGCAAACCUCGUCCAGUCCGCUCGAGCCGCUCAGGAGACGCGCCUGCUGGAAUUCCGAGUACUUCAGGCGCCUCUACUUCCAAAGAAACUAGCGGGGAAGUCAUCGUGAAAACCAGAGCAGAACCAAAGGCUAAAAGUUCUAAAGCUAAGGCAGAUCCGGACGGCUCUGGUAAUUUUGAACAGCAACGUCAGGAGGAUCUGAUUAGGCUGUUGUAUCAGCGCCUAACAAGUCCAAACGAGCACAGCAGUGCCGAAAGUAGCGGCGGAGAGAGUCGAAGUGGUAGCCCUAUUCCCGAUGAUGGCCUGAUUGUCACGUCUGAAGUUCAUGAUGAACAGAUUCAGGUAAUGGAAGUCGAGCAUGAUGUUGUAGUAGAAUCACAGGAAGUUGCAGCCGCUGUCGUUGUUGAAAGUAUUCCGAAUUCAGAGGAUCAGGUGGUUGAGGAGCAAUGUGAAGUUGUUGCAGAAGAAACGUGGGGCUCCUUCGUUCAUCUGACAGUUGAUGGUCAAAAUAACGUAAUUUUCCUCGACGAGAGCCAAGUUGGAGCUGAAACCGAAGCGGGAGAUGGAACGACUACCGUGGUGAUCGAACAACCGCCACCAGCGUCGUCCCAACAAGUUAAGAUCGUCUCUCGCCAACGUAAUCCCGCCGCCCCUAAACCUAGGACGACACGGCGUUCUCCUGCCGUACCAAGUGUUAAUGCUGGCAAUAGCUCACCUCUCGCUACAUCCUCUUCGACUGGUGACGUCGACCUGCUCUCGUUUGUCCAUAACGCCGGUGUUAUGGUUCAGCAUAUUCUCGACAUUCAAUCGGACAGUUCUGCAUCUUAAUAAAAAGAAACGCGUACCAAUCGGAUUUAGACCGACAUCCUUUCUUGUACAUAAAUGCGGUAUCUUCAGUUCACUCUCACUUUGUUGUUUUCAUUUCGUGGAAAUGAUUACGUGGAAAGCAGUUUUUUGCAAGCGAUCAUCGUUCGUAUCCAAAAGGACAUUUUUUUUUUUUUGUAAUAGCGUUUCUUCUUCAGUAAUCAGUUAGAUUAAACUUUUUUUCUGUUCCGUUUUGUCACAGGCAAUACACAAAUAUAUUUCA